UUAAAAUCAAUUUUUUGUAGAGUUCGGGUUCGUGAAAGGAAUACCUUAAAAUCAAUAGAUAUGCAUACGCAUAUAAAUAGAGAAUGGCUGCUGUCAGAUUUUGCUCGACGAUUUUACUACGAAAGUAUUUUAACCGCAAUUAUUAUAUUAAAAUCUAUCAAUCUCAUCAAAUAAGUUACACAUUAUUUUAAAAAUAACGAGAAUAAAUUUUAAUCGUUUCUUUGAUCAUGAAAGGAGCAAAAAAGUUCAGCUGCUUUUUUGAGUCAUUUAACACAUGAUUUUUCUUAAUCGCCCCUAUAAACGGAAAAGAUUAUUUCACGAUUAGUUGGGACGAUAUUUUCCACUAUUUUGCCAACUGGUUUCCGCACUUUGUGAAGCUUCAAUUGAGCAUUAAAACCAUAAACCUUUGACAAAACAUAUCCCACUGGUUCGCGUAUCCGAAUCUUACUUUUUCACAUCGAUUUUACCUUCGAAAUUAAGAAUAAAGUGCAAUGCAAUGGACCGUCAAAUAAAUAUUAAAAAAAUUAGUUCCAAAACCGUCGGAUGCGAGUACGAAAGAGUGCGGCAGCGUUCGGGCUCGCUUUUGCUCUGCGUAACUCAACAUUAUCAGGGUGAAAGGCAUUUUUGAACUUUCAUUCCAAAAUUAAAGCACAGACUCGAAUUCAUUCCGAUGCUCCAAUGAAGAUAGAAACUUGAAAGCGACUCUGGCAGUUGGAUUCAUUGUCGUUUAAACUGCGCACUACCCCAUCAAAAAAUUGUGUACAUUAGGUGGCGAGUGCAUUGCAGUGUAGAACGUGGCAAGAGCUCUGCGGUCGCUAAACGUCAUCGAGUUUAAGGUUUUUCCCCACUGAUAAUCAGCAGGAACACCUUUGCCUCUGAUUCACAACGGACGAUGCUCGUGCGCAGUUGAAAAAUGAAUCUUUCGAAAAUUCGAGUUUAAUUCUAAGUCUCCUGAAUUCUAUCAAGUCCACGUAUUUGUUUUCAACCGACAAACGACAUUGGAAGAAUUAAAGCGAAAAAACAUGUUUGGACUGAAAACCCGAAAAGCUAUGAAAACAAAAUUGUUGUUCCAUGCCUGCAGUGCGAUGACGGAGUAAUAAAAUGAUACCAAUAUUUCGAAAGUGCGAGUCUCUUCGAAUGAGGAAUGCAAAUAAAUAAAAUUAUUGAUUCUUUGAGUACACACAGAACGGUUCGUUUCCUCGAUAGAGAUCGUGGGCUGCGAGCAUUAUUUGCCAACGCUUGGUCGCUGUGAUGACGACAAAAAAACGAGCGGUGUGACGUCGACGAGAGGAAAAAUCGUUGUGGGACUGGCAACGAGCGCACGAGUUCGUAUAGCAGGAAAUCUACAUAAGGCUUUAAAAUGUCAAGGGAAUGCCAAAAAGUGUUCAAAGCCAAUGGGAUCUUGGAGAGAAUAAGGGUGCUCUGUGAGAGUAGGAAAUUACGAAAUUCUGCGAUCCUGAACGUCGAGGAAAAACGAGUUACGAAAAGCUGCAAGCUAAUAUUCAGCGAACGACAAAUUCGAGUCGUGGAGAAAGUUAUUGUGGCCAAUACAGAAAUUUCGAGAUGUCAUUUGACUCCGGAAUUAAAAUUGCAUCUUCUGACACCCAAUUGUAGACUUUACAACGAACCAAUUACCCAAGAAACAUUCGCUCAUCCAUCCUCAGGGAAAAAUUAUGAGGAGCGAAUAUUUCACGAGCCAUUUUGGUCCAUCUAUUGGCCAGGGGGCCAAGCACUCACCAGAUUCAUUCUCGAUCAGGGAAUAAAUUUGCUGAAUAAAUCUCAUGGAGGGACGUCCUUUUUGGACAUUGGAUCCGGAUGUGGGGCAUCCGCUAUCGCUGCUAAAAUGAUCGGAGCUUCCAGAGCAGUUGCGAAUGACAUUGAUCAAGUUGCGUGUGUAGCUGCGAAUCUGAAUGCCUCAUUAAACGGUGUUGAAAUCGAGACAACCUCGAAAAAUCUCCUGGAAAAUCCUGCUCGUAACUACGGAUGUAGUUUCGACGUUAUAUUGCUCGGGGAUUUACUAUACGAUGACGAAAUGGCCGAGUCUCUGAUCCCCUGGCUCGAGGAAACUGUACGGGAAAAUCGAUCGAGAGUUUAUCUCGGAGAUCCAGGCAGACACGCUCUCACCGACACGUUGAAAAGACGCAUGGAAUUCAAACAAGAGUAUUCACUGCCUGGAAACGUGAGACGAGAAAAUUACGGUUACGACUCCGCCGCUGUGUGGCAAUUCAAAAUCGAUUGAUAAGAGAAGUGACGAGCGUGUGUUUGCCGAAUUUUCGAAACAAGUUUAAGGGACAAUUACUCAGUUUUUAUUGCCAGUAUAUCGUGAUAGCUUUGGUGAAGAAGCUUCAAGCAAGAGGUUCCGAGUGGUGACCGAUCCAAAGCGCUCGGAUGCACCCCAGCCUCCGCCCAUUGAUAGUUCAGUCAGAAGUUAUUUUAUUAACUUCCAGUUUCUCGUUGUUCCUACCAAUUGUAACUUAUCCGUGGAAUCACAGCCAUCUGUGUGGACUCGAUAUCCAGAGAAUCUGGAAACUAAUCGAGUGGAAGAAACGUGGAGACUGUACAGCAAGAAUGUUGAAAAUUAUCACGAUCCUCGCUCGUCCUUGGUCAUUUUAUCCGUGUGAAAAUCGAUAAGAUAUUUCAUCGUUGUAAACUGAUGAAUUGUAUAAAAAUAUAUUCAUAGUCUUUUUAUACUCUGCAACUCACCUGCUUGCUGAGAAUUGAUUCUACGCUUCCGGUCGGAACACUACUUCUGGUCCGUAUUGAUGUCACGUUGGACAGUUUUAUCCGGCACUCGUAUCUGGCACGAUCUGACAACAGAAAAGUUCACAUUACGAGUACGAUGCCAUCGAAUAAAUAUUGAGGGGUAUUUUUUUCUCCUUGUUUUCAACACUUUCUACUUAUGGAAUACUUGAAUUUUCAUUUAUACGAGAAUGGAGAAAUAUACUUUGGUGAAAUUAUCGAUAGUUUAGUAGUGGAAUCACGAAAAUAUUUUCCGUCAAUCGAUACGGUCAAAGAUUAAGAAAAUAAAUAAAUAAAUAGUACAAAGGCAUGACUCCUACGAUUAAA